GGUGUCGUAAGCUUUGAGCUAUAUCAAUUGAUUUCAGACUACUGCAGUUGUACAUAGCAGAGACAAUAACAAUCAGUCAAUCGAUUCCUUCUUGAAUUCUACUUGACCUCUCGCAAAUAGUCGAUUCAAAUUUACUCACCAGUACACAUCUUUCAAACUUAUCAUAUGGAGUCCUCAUUACACGGAGUUUGGGAAAGUGCCGUUGGCAAUCCCUUCAUCCCUACCGUUGGAAAAGACAGCCAGUUCUCCUUGGGAUUCUCAUUAUUGUGCAUCGGAGUUCUUCUUUCUGGAUUGUUUGGUCUCAACCGAUCAGCUCUCACUCUGCCACUACUUGGACUUCCUGCUUCAGCAGCCAUUGCGUUUGGCUCAGUUUAUAUGAUCUGUGCGGUUGGAGUUUAUGUUUAAGAUACCCCUCCAUCAUCGAGACGAACAUACUACGUUAUCGCAUUUUUGUACAAUAGCUGGAUGAUAUAAAAAGCAAAGGAGUUAAUACAAUUCUCACAUUUGAUUUCGCCGAUAAAAUAUUCA